AUGGGCUCAGUUAAAGAAGUAUUAAAACUUCUGGCUGACAUAAACUUGAUACGUUUCGGGAAACCAGAGUUUGUGACACAUAAAACGCCAACUAAAAAAGGUAAAUAUACAAAAGCAAAUGUUUUCACAUUAACUUCUAAAGAUGAUGUGAAUAUUAACCAAUGCCUAAAAUGCAAUGAUGUUUUGGAUCGAAUACUGCCGGAAAAGAAAUGGGAAAAAGAUGGUAAAUUAUAUUGUCAAAAGCUAUCCAAUCAGCCAGGCUCUAAAUCGGAUAUAAAAGAUCUUAAAAUAAAAUUAGACAUGUAUUUGAAUCAAUUCAAUGCCAGAGAAGUAGGAAUUUGUUUGAUUAAAGAGGAGUUAUACUUCCAAUGUUUCAACGAAAUUAUUAGACAAGUGACUGUGAAGUGUCCAAACCGAGGCAGCAUGUUGAUCCGCGUUCGUGAUGAGAUCAUAGAAAAUUUAAACAGAUAUCAAAAGCUGUUUGAGAGCGUAACAGCAUAUGGGAUCCGAAAAUCGUUGAUAAACGAAGAGAAAAAGAUCAAACUGAAGAAUAUAAGAGAAAAUUUGAUAUCUAAAAAUAAAAAAUUAAAGGCAAAGUUGGCGGAAACGAUUGAGAAGACGAAUCAACUCAAAAACGAAAUGGACGAAGCGAGAAAAGCAGAAGAAAUGCGUCACGAUAAAGAUUUAGAUGAUCUGAAAAAAGCUAACCAGUUGAUCAGAGUUCAAAUGGAGUACAUCAUUGAUCCGAAAAAUUAUGCAAAUUAG